UCCCUGGUUUCAAGCUUGCUUUGAUCAUCAAAGGUAAAAAUAAUUGUCGAAGCAAAUGGAAACCCAAGCACUUCUCUGCCUUACCCUGGCUUUUCUCUUCUUCUCUGGGGCUCACUCAGUCACAUUCACAAUAAAAAACAAUUGCCCCUACAAAAUAUGGCCCGGAACCUUAACUGGUGCUGGAAUUCCUCAAUUAACAACAACCGGGAUAGAGCUAGCCGCCGGAACUUCGUCAGCUAUUGAUGUUCCUGCGAACUGGUCAGGCCGCAUGUGGGCUCGAACCCAAUGCUCCAUUGCCAACGGCAAGUUCACUUGUGGCACAGCCGAUUGUGCCUCCGGUCAAGUCGCGUGCAACGGUGCGGGUGCAAUCCCACCGGCCUCACUCGUAGAGUUCACUCUAAAUGGCAGUGGCGGACAAGAUUUCUAUGAUAUCAGUCUCGUUGAUGGCUUUAACUUGCCUGUAUCGAUAACCCCACAAGGCUCUGGUUGUCAAAGCCCAAGCUGUCCGGGAAAUGUGAACCGAGUUUGCCCUACAGAGUUGGCGGUGAAAGGGUCUGAUGGCAGCGUGAUCGCUUGCAAAAGCGCAUGUGAGGCUUUGUCUCAGCCGCAGUACUGUUGCACAGGAGAUUUUAGUACCCCAGAUAAGUGUCCGCCUACGCAGUAUUCCAAGGUUUUCAAGAAUCAGUGUCCUCAGGCAUACAGCUAUGCCUAUGACGAUAAAACUAGCACGUUUACAUGCCCCACUGGUGCCAAUUAUCUUGUCACAUUCUGUCCAUAA